CUCUGUGUCACCAUUGCGUCCACUCUUUCUUCCCGUGUCUGCCUCAAACCCUAUGCGACAGCGCCCUAUCUUCUCAUCAUCCGUCUGUAGACAAACGAUGCCGGUCUACAGCUGCUCCAUUCUCGAUAACCCCAGCGCCGGGGUUGUCAGAAAGUAAUCAUACCAAUCGCACACCUCGCCGGUCACUUUUGUCAUCCGCCGCGAGGCCAGCAGGGGUGUUCUUCCAUUCGAAACCAACGUUCCGUCUCCUUACUGGACCCUGAUCUGUUUGCUCACCGCUGGCAGCUCUCUAGGAAAUAAGAGCACUUCCACGACACCAACGCUAGACGAUCAGUCGAUUAGCUAGCCUCCUUGCCAGUGCCUGGACAGUUUCUGUCCCUAAACCAUCAAACAGUACGGGAGAAACAAGCUAGGAUAUAAGUUGGUUACUCAAGAACUAUCCUCGGGUACUUCCUAGAGUAAUAUGUUGGAAAGCACUAAAUCAAAUCAAUUAAUCUUCGCUACCGACUGCUAUUUGUUGCAUUUUUGACGAAGUUUGUCCGAAUUCAUCGCCGAAGAAAGAACAAAGAUCAACUCAAAAGAUUGGUGCUUAUCAGUUGCUCCAACCAUUUCCCACACCCUAUCCCUUGAUAGUUACACACCGACGUUCAACUCACAAAUCACCGUACUAAUCACACUUCAUCGACACUCCUUAUUGCGACCUAAACAUAGAUCAUUGUAGACAGUCACUAGCUGCUUUUGCGAUGUCGUCAACAUACUCCUCCCUUUUUGAAGCUUCGCACGUGCAGUCAGACUCGCCAGACUGCGACUUGGGCAAGCUGAACGGUCUCGAAGGCUUGCCGCUCGAGAUCAUAUUCGACAUAUACCAACAACUUGACGUGGAAAGUAUUUUCUCCAUGGCUCAGGUCAAUACCCUUUUCCACGGACUUCUGAAGAGGAACAAGGCGGUCGUCCUGCUGCCCGUUCUUGAGCGAGAAUUCAGCCCGUUUCCAGAGUUGCUUCAAGUCUUCACGGCAUUGGACCGGGAUAUGGUUCAGUACGGAGAUACUUUCCAGCCGCGAAGGGUCGUUUUCAGACGGUUUCCAGGUGACAUGACGGGCAUAACUUUGUCUAGCGGUGGUAUCCAGCACAGCCAGAGCAUGGCCCCCGAGCAUGCGGUGCUUGCCAAUAUCCUUGACGGCGGAACCCCAGCCAAGCAAAGCUCCUUGCCGCCCCGGCGGUCAGUCACCCUAGUCGACAGAGACUUAAAUUCUUUGCUGAAGUAUUGCUUGGUCGUACGACGAUGGGAAGAGCUUUUCCCUCAGCUUCACUGGUUCACGGCCCCUGAAGAUUGUCGCCAACUCAGUAAAGCAGAGAGGUUCAAACUUCGCCGUGCUCUCUAUCGUUGGUGGCUAUACGCCUAUUACUUCCACGGCGAGCUUCCCCGGCCUCGGAGUGAUCAGCCGGAACCGUUCGUCAAUGAUGUGCGGGUCAGUCACAUGAGACUUUAUCCGACUCGCGAGUUGAUGGAGUUGAUGGACCUCUUCCUGUCAAUGAAGGACCUCGUCAGACACUAUAUUUACCCCAAUCUGGAGCAGAAUCUAGAGCCGGUCGACGAAAGCAGUCCGCUUGAAACGAUGAUUGAGAGCAGUAUCCGCGAGCGCAUCGUGGACACAUAUGCCAAGCUUGAUCCCAGAGACCUGAUGUUCUACUUUCAGAACUUGUUUAAUUUCCCUCGAAAGCGACUGGUGACGGAUGUCAACCUCAGGCACCCCGCCUUCUCUCAAGACCGAGAAUCUCUCGUGGCCGCGGUCCAGGCGGCGGUAGGCGAGCGACCAUGGCUAUAUGAUAUGGCCGAUCUGAGCAGUGCUGGUGGUAUCGUGCAUCCUGACGCUUCCGACGUUGAUGAGCGGCUUAGUCGUGAUGGCAGCCGUUAUGGCUCGAUCCCACCCCCAGGAGCUUUUCGGCGUCCUAUUGGGAACUGGGCUCCUCCCGGGGACGACGGUCGAGCUCUCGCGGAGCGGAGUCACUUCCAAGGCUGGCGGGACUCUUGAGCGGUGAAAGCCGAGGUUCAAAUUAAUUGGCCAUUCUAUAGAAUAGAUUAGGAAUUGGCGAUCAUAGAUUCUGUCAGGUUUACUAUGGGCUCCCUGAUGUACCUCGGCGCAUCCGAAGUGUUCGUAAAGUGACCUGGCAAGUUACCGCGGGCAGGACUAAUUUCGAUGCUCAGGCACCUUUUGUAGGCGGCGAUGGCUACUUGGAUGAGGACCUUAUGCUAUCUGCCUGCCUUAGCUACUCAAUUCGGAGAUUUUAUGACCACCUGGCACCUACUUAGGUA